GCUUUUCCCAUAUAUCAACGGGUGACUCAACGUGCCUUUCAGCCACACACUUGAUUGCAAAUCCAUGUUGUGCAUUUCACAAACAUCCCCGGGCGACGCCGAUCGACGGGAGUGCCAGGAAAAAUCCCGUUGAUGGUUGGGAUUCAAGAGCGAGUGCCUUCACGGGGUUUGUGUGACGUGGAAGACAGCACUCAUGGAUUCUCUGGACGCGUCCCGUGGUCAGCUAAGGAGCUUUAAGAAGAACGAUUUUGAGACAGACUGGACUAAAGUGGCAGAGGGCAAAUUUGGCCAAAUCUACCAGGUCAAGAUUAAGCUAUGGCGGGAAAUUUGUGCCUUGAAAGUCUUUGACACAACCGUGGGUAUGAAAAGGAACCUAAUGGAGUAUGCGUCCAAUUUAGCCAAAGUGAAAUUCAAGUACCUCGUGUCGGUCUAUGGACUGUGCAAUGAUGUGCCGGCCAUUGUAAUGGAGUACAUGAGUAAUGGAUCCCUGAACAAUCUCCUAAACAGUCACAAUCUGAUGUGGCCCAAGAAGUUCCAAAUCAUUCAUGAGGCCUCCAUGGGCAUGAAUUUCCUCCACAGUCUGCAACCCCCUCAACUCCAUCUCAACCUGAAGCCAUCCAACAUCCUAAUUGAUGACCAUCUCCAUGUCAAGAUUUCAGACUUUGGUUUAAUUCACUGGGAAGAAGGGACAAACAAGAAGUUGUUCGUGGAGCAUCUGACAGCACGAGGGAACAUCAGCUACAUUCCUCCUGAGAUCUUCUCCCAGUCCUGUGAUCCUCCUGGAUUUUCCUUCGAUGUUUAUAGCUUUGGAAUUGUAAUCUGGGAGAUUCUGACACAACAGAAACCUUACGCAGGGUGCAGCUUGACUACCGUGCUCUUAAAUGUGUCGCAUGGCAGGAGACCCUGCGUGGAGAUCAUGCCUGAGCAGAGGCCAUGUGAGUGCGAUCAGAUGAUCAGCAUCAUGAAGCAGUGCUGGGAUCAGGAACAAAACAAGAGGCCACUGUUCUCAGAAACUGUGAGGAAAACCGAGGCCCUAAGUGACGUCUUGAAGAUCCCUGGACCGCUUGUUUGUCAAAACAGCAGAAAAAAUGGACACAGUUUGGAACCUCGGGGCCCAUUUUCCCCCAUCUAUGAAAUUUCUUCACCUGAUUGGCCUGACCUUCCUGCAGAAGAACAAUCCAGCAAGGACAGCGUUCUCUCCCACCUCUUCAAGAAAGACUUUGGUAGUUUCCGUUUAUCUGUGAAACGGGAGCACAUUAGCACACAGUUUACCGGGAAAAAGAGUCUCCUGCACUACACGGUGGCCAGCGGGGAUGUAAAGAGCGUGGAGCACGUCCUGAGUCUGGGCGCUGAAGUCGACUGUGUCAUGGCCAAAGGGUACACGCCGUUGAUUGUGGCUGUCCUCAACAGGCUUCACGAUAUCAUCUCUUUGCUGCUGGCCCACGGCGCCGAUCCCACGCUGGGAGAUGAGGACCAGUGGACGGGCGUUCAUUUCGCAGCGCAGAACGGUGAUGACAGAGCCGUCCGCCUACUGUUGGACAACGGGGCCAUGGCGGAUCCCCGUGAAAAGUCUGGAUGGAUGCCCCUGCACUUGGCCUGCCAGAAUGGCCACGAAAACGUCGUCCGCCUGCUGCUGACGCGCCUGUCCGUCAAGGCGAUCGGGGAGCGGGAGGACGUGCAGAAGAGGACGCCGCUUCACUUGGCUGCGGCUUACGGUCACAUGAAUAUAAUCAAACUGCUAAUCUCCCAGGGAGCCGAUCUCAACGCGACCGAUAUCUCCCUGUUCACUCCUCUUCACUUGUCCGCCGAGGCAGGGCAUAAUAGAAUAGUACGGCAGAUGGUGAAGGAUGGGGCUGCGGUUGACUGUGUGGACAAGAGAGGACAUACUCCGCUUCACCUGGCGGCUCUCAAUGGCCAUAACGGCAUAUGCAGACAGCUGCUGACGAACGGGGCCAGCGCAGAUGUCAGGACCCACCAGGGCUGGACCGCCAUGCACCUGGCCGUCAUCAAGCGACAUGAAACCACCAUGGUGGAACUGAAACAACUGGGCGCAAGUGUCAACGCUCCUGGUGAGAACAAUUGGAGUCCGCUGCACCUGGCCUGCCACCAAAGCGAGGCCGAAAUGGUGGCCAAGCUUCUGGCCGCGCAUGCCGACCCAAAUGUGACUGAGGACAGCAAACGGUGGACGCCGUUACACGUCGCCUGCGCCAGUCUCAGUUUCCCCAGUGUCCUGCACUUGAUUUCUCAUCAUGCAGAUGUGAAUGCCGCAAGCGCAGAGAAAGCUACACCUUUGCACAUUGCUGCACAGCAGGGUCACACGCCCAUUGUGAAGGCACUACUGCUCAACGGUGCAGACAGAACGCGACCAGACUCCUCCGGAUCGACACCUGUCGACGUUGCAAAGAGGCACGGAAAAUGUGAAAUAGUCCAAUUACUGGAGAAUUGAUUUCCAUUUUUUUUAUUCUCUCUUUUUUUAACCUCUCUUAUUCCAUCCACUUAGUCAUGCAAUAUUGGUCGAUUUGCAUGCCUUUAAAUGGUGGAAGUGCAGCGUUAUGUCUACUUCCUAUAUUCUUAUUUUUACCUAGAUGGAUAUUUAUUGGUGUUGGCAUUUGGGCAGAAUUAAGCUUAAGAGUGCACAAAAAUGAGAG